AUGGCCUACUCUUCUGUAUCUUUAAGGGAGAAGCUUACACAAGUGCAGCUUCAGCUGGGCAUGCAAGCAACCAAGCUGAUGCAGGAGGUGGAAACAAGAUGGAACAGCACCUACUUGAUGCUGCAACGUCUGGUGGAGUUGAGGGAGCCAGUAGGAGCGGCAUUGGCUGGAUUACACACUGAUAUUCCCUUUUUCACUGACAUUGUUGUAGCGUGCCUUUCUUUAUUCUCUCCUUUCUAUCACGCCACCACGGAGCUCUCUGCAGAAGAACACGUGUCGGCAUCAAAAGUUAUCCCCCUCCUGAAGAUGUUAGAGAAAGCCCUUCAGGAGGAAGACACCAAGUCGGCACCUACAGUAGCAGUGGAAAUAGGAGAGCAGCUCAUCAGACAGCUCAGGGAGAAGCUGCACAUGCUCCAGUCAAUGAGCAUCUUGUCGCUGGCUACACUCCUGGACCCACGAUUUAAACUUAUAGCAUUUUUCAGCAACACAAAAGCUGCUGAAGCAGUGAAGCGCUUGACUUCAGAGUGUGCCACCGUCAUCCGACGGAACACAGAAGAGAACGCUCACGAGAUUCCUCAGGCUUCCACCUCUCAAGAAUUCACUGGAGGUAGCAGACUUUGGCAAAGAUUGGACACUAGUGUCAUGGAGGCAAAGAGGACUCAAAAUGUGUCAGCAGAUGCCACCGUAGAGGUCCAGCGCUACCUGUCAGAGGCAAACAUGAGCAGGCUGGAGAACCCCCUGGAGUACUGGGCUAAUCAUCGGUCACUGUACCCCAAUCUGUACAAACUUGCACUUAUUUAUUUAUGCACCCCGGCAUCAUCUGUGCCAUGUGAGCGUGUCUUUUCAAAGGCUGGAGAUUGGCGCCUCCUGGUGAACUGCAGGAUGAAGUUCAAAUUGAAGUUCGAAGGAGUUUAA